CACGAACACAAAACGACAUGAAUAACGCACUCGCCACAUGGUGCAGUUGCUCAGUGAACUAAAGUACUAAACUACUGCCAUCUCCAAUUCCUCAGAAAAUGGCGUAUCCGACUCUUGCUCCUUCCAGCUCUCUCCCCUUCCUCCUGCUCUGCCUAAUCUGCUCUUUAGUCUCAGCACAGACAAAUGAAGACGCCACGAUCAAGACCAUGGAGGAUUUUCUCUGGCUACCCACUUCACGAAAGCAACAACCCCUUUGAUGGAUCAAGCUCUCUUCCUACUUCACUCUCGGUGGACGGCGAUAGCCUGCAGAGACAGAUUGAUGAGCUCUCGACCUUCUCGGAUACACCAGCUCCGUCGGUCACUAGGAUUUUGUAUUCUGAAAAGGAUGUCUUGGCCCGCAGGUACAUUAAAAAUUUGAUGGGACUCUCUGGCCUCUCAGUUAGGGAAGAUGCUGUUGGCAACAUAUUUGGCCGAUGGGAUGGCUACGAGCCUGGGCUCCCAGCAGUUGCAACUGGUUCUCACAUUGAUGCCAUUCCAUACUCCGGGAAGUAUGAUGGAGUUGUUGGUGUCUUGGGUGCAAUAGAAGCUAUAAAUGUACUAAAGAGAUCAGGGUUCCGACCAAAGAGAUCGCUAGAAGUUAUCUUAUUCACAUCAGAAGAACCAACAAGAUUUGGGAUCAGCUGCUUGGGAAGCCGACUUUUGGCUGGGAGUGUGACACUUGCUGAAGCUUUGAAGAAAACCACAGUUGAUGGUCAAAAUAUAUCAUUUGUGGAUGCUGCUAGACUUGCUGGUUAUAUGAAGGACGAAGAUGACUUAUCCAGUGUUUUCCUAAAUAGUGGAAGCUAUUCUGCGUUCCUCGAACUACAUAUAGAGCAGGGUCCAAUUCUCGAGGCAGAAGGUUUGUCCAUCGGUAUAGUAACUGCAAUUGCAGCUCCUGCAAGCAUCAAGGUUGAUUUUGAAGGCAACGGAGGCCAUGCAGGUGCUGUCUUGAUGCCAAAUAGAAACGAUGCUGGGCUUGCAGCUGCUGAGUUGGCACUAGCUGUUGAGAAACAUGUUUUAGAUUCUGGUUCAAUUGAUACUGUUGGUACAGUAGGUAUACUGGAGCUUCAUCCUGGAGCAAUCAACAGCAUCCCAAGCAAGCCACACCUGGAAAUCGAUACCCGGGACAUUGAUGAGAAACGAAGAAAUGAAGUGAUAGAGAAAAUCCAUCAGUCUGCUGUCGCAAUAGCCACAAAGCGUAGCGUGUCACUGUCAGAAUUCAGAAUAGUGAAUCAAGACCCACCAGCUUUGUCCGAUAAAUCUAUAAUUAAGGCUAUGGAAGAUGCCACGAAGGAGCUGAACUUAACUCAUAAGUCGAUGAUAAGCAGAGCUUACCACGAUUCCCUAUUUAUGGCCAGGAUAUCUCCAAUGGGCAUGCUCUUCAUUCCAUGCUACAAAGGAUACAGCCACAAACCUGAAGAAUAUUCUUCUAGUCAAGAUAUAGCCAACGGUGUCAAAGUACUUGCCCUUACUCUUGCCAAGCUGUCUCUAUAUUGAUGCACUGGCCCAAGCCUUUCAUCAUAGAAAACUGUACUUGACAAUUGAAGACAGUGGGUUCAUGUUGGAGAAAUGUAUGUACACCAUGAACGUCAAUAAUAUUCGAUUUUAACCCCCAUAGAUACCCCACUCUUUCCUUGUGUUAAUAGAUCAUGAAUCUUCACAUGAAAUUGAACAUGAUCAUCGCAAAUGGAUAUUACAAAACUGGUGACAAAGAGAUUUCAUUGAAGCAAAAGAGUUCUCCCAACGUCUGAUUACUAGAUGAAACCAACUGUUGUUCUGUUUACAGUAAUGUGAGAAGUAAGCAGGCUAGUACUUGUACAUUUACUAGUCCAGUAAGCCUGGCCAACUAACUACAACAGAAACGAAAUGUACGAGCACAAGUAAAACAUCUGUCAGCAAAGAGGCCAAGACUACCACCUCUGUUACUUGUUCUUGACAGGCUACGGCAGAAUAUACGAAAAUGGACACUAGGAACAAUACAGCAGAGCUUCCACUAUCUAUGCACGAAUCACCACGAGAAUGUGGAUUAACAACAAGAAGUCUCUCAUUACUACUGGCAGGGCUGCAGUCAAAUGGUGGAGACAGAACGCAAGGAUGCAGCCUCAGAGAUGGUAUCCGCAGGUGUAGACAUGGUAGAAGUCUCAUCAGGUUUCACAGCCGCCUUCUCCAGCAGAAUAUCGAUCUUUGCUUUCUGAACCAAGCGGCCAGUCUCAGCCUCCUUAGAUUCAACGCUGGAGAUUUUGAUACUCUUCUCGACUGCAAGUCCAGUGCGCUUCAGAGUCUGGGCGAUCGUAACCACAGUGGGAAUCGCUGGUUUACCCAAUUCACAAACCCCACAAAGCAUGCAUUCAAAACCGAGUUUUAGUUGUUGAGCCAAGCAAAUAAUAGAACACAGUUUAUCAAAAAUAAGACACCGUAAUCAGAUUCGAUCAAGAAUCCCUAAGAGUCACAAUUCCGAUCAGAGUCUCUAAAAGCCACAGAUGACAUGAAGUUAUAUUUCUGUAGGGAACAUGAUUGAAGAGACGCCGAACAGAGCAAGUAAGCGAAAGAACGGUUACCCAUUCCAAGACCAGAAAGCUCCACAGAGUUGUAUUGCUUGAUGUGCCUCUUGGCGAGAUUGAGGUAGAAGAUGAAAGGAUUCUUGGUGUUGGAGACCUUGAUGAGUUGCUGCGGCCUCUUCUUCCGCGCCUUCUUCUGCGUUGCUGAAGCAACACCAGCACUGGUCGACGCGACGGUGUCAAUGGCGGUGGAGUCGCCGAGAACCUCUGGGACUGCGGCGGCGGCGGAGAGAUUCUUGGCGCCGUUCGCUUUCUCCAUUGCCUGAGACUUCGUGUUGCUGCUCCUGCUAUCGGAAUCUUUCUGUGUAAGCGGAACCGUAAACGCGGGAACUUCCAUUGGAAGCAGAAUCUGUGAUCUCUCUCUCUUUUUCUCGCUCGCAGGGGUGGAAACUGGGAAACGCGGGGAAACUGGUAACAGUGUUUGCUAAUGAUGAAGACGAAAUGUCAUGAGAUGAGAGGGAAAGAAGGGGGGGGAAACGGAUCAUUUUAUAUUGGUG